UGUCUAGAUCGCUAUUUCUUAACUGCAAAUAUAAAGCCCAAUAACGCUCCAUUCAAUAAAUUGCUUCUUUCUUUUCAGUUGUUGCCGAAUUAGGGUUUCCGAUCGAUCAGACAUGGGAGGAGGCAACGCCCAAAAAUCCAAGAUGUCACGUGAGAAGAACUUGGAGAAACAAAAAGCCUCUAACAAAGGAAGUCAGUUGGAUUCGAAUAAGAAAGCGAUGACGAUCCAGGCUUCAUCUGUUUAUCUAUUUGGAUUCGCUGUCUUGUAUAGUUCUUGGUGCAAGGUGUGCAUGCAGACAUUCAUGUGCACAACUUCAGAGGUGAAGUGCAGAGAACAUGCUGAAGCAAAGCACCCAAAAAGUGAUAUAUAUGUUUGUUUUCCACAUCUUAAGAAGUGAUAGAUAUGAACAAUACUAUGGGACCAUCAUCUCCCUUUCUAUAUAGUAUUUCAUAUAACUCAAUGCACUUGCUGUAUAAUGAUAAUUGCAUAUUCUCUCUGUUGAUUACCAUCUCCUUAUGUGGAACUUGGUGUGUGUAAUUAACUAAUUAUGAUUGCAUGGAUUCUCUCC